CUGAGCUCCGGCACAGCCGGGUCUUUCUGCCCAGGAAGUGGCGGUGGCUGGGGCGCCUCGGAGCGAGGGCUUGGAGAAAGGGGCUCGAUGACCCCACGAAUAGGAUUGUCUGUAGUAGCCGAAAUUCAGAACAAAGCCUGGCUGCCUGCCUUUGUGCCUCUAUACCCUCCUAAGAGUUGCCCCUGCCCUCCUGGCGCCGCUUUAUUGCUGUAGUAUGCAGGCAUCAGAGCGUGAAAGUGGGACCGCCGCAGGGAAUGGGCUGGAUAGCCCAACAGCACCUGAUUCCCAGCCUGUUCCCUCAUCUCCUAAGCCCCCUUCAUUGGACCUCUUCAAUUUAGUGGUGUCCUACAAGCGGCUUGAGCUGUAUCUGGAGCCACUGCAGGAUGUUGUUGAAGGGGUGUGGUUCCUUCUCAGCUGGCAGAUGCCUAUCUGCUCCCUUCUCACCUGUCUAGGCAUCAACUUUCUUCUGCUGACUUUGAGUGAAGCUGCCUGGUAUGGGCUGUGUGCCCUCCUGAUCUCAGUGCCUGCCAUGCUGGGCUACCUACAGGAGACAUACCGUGUCCGUCUGACUGAAGAAGAGCUGGCACGUCGUAGGUACCACAGCGUGCGGCGUGAGGAUGUCAGAAAAGUUCAGCUUUCACGGCAAGAGGCUGUAGCUGAAGUGAAGGGCUUCCUGAUUCAGUUGGAGGCCUUCCUGAGCCGGCUGUGUGGUGGCUGUGAGAUGGCCUACCGUGUCCUCUACUGGGAGAACCCCUCUCUGUCCUCCCAGUUUUAUGGGAUUCUGAUGGGUUUGGUUUGUGUCCUCUACCUGCUGCCCCUAUGCUGGGUCUUCUUUCUUCUCAAUAAUGCCCUUUUCUUGGGCAACGUGGCAUUUUACCGAGUGAUAUUGGAGCUGAAGUCAGUUGUAGAACAACGCCUGGGCCUCACCUCCAUGUCUAGUAGUCCAGAGAGUGCAGAACUGGAUGCAGGAGAAGGUGGGGCUGGAGUCCUACCAGACCAAACACCCACACCCACCAGCACUGAGGACCUGACCCCUGGCAGCGUGGAGGAAGCAGAAGAGGUGGAGCCUGAUAAUGAGUUCAAGGAUGCUAUUGAGGAGGAUGAUGACGUCUCCCAGCGCUUAAUAGAGCUUGAGCCAGGCCAUACUGUUCCUCCCUUCUUGACCAAGGAGGACGUGAUUCGCAUCAAGAUGGCGCGACUGACAGAGCGUCUGCGCAAGCGCUACUCCAACCUUGGGAACUACUGUCUCAGCUGUUCAGCCACCUUCUCUUUGUUAAAGAAGCGGCGAAAUUGCAGCAACUGCGGGAACAGUUUCUGCAGCAGGUGUUGCUCCUUCCGAGUUCCGAAGAGCUGUAUGGGGGCUACAGCACCUGAUGCCCAGCGGGAAACCGUCUUUGUGUGCGGACAAUGUAACCAAAUGCUCAUCAAGUGAGAAGCCGGGUCCAAGUCCUGUUCUCUACUGGAUCUGCUCUGCAUCUUCACCUGUUCUCGCUUAUCCUUGUGGGAGCAAAGCAGUGGCAUUAUGCCCUCACCUGGCUGCUCCCUGGAACUAUGAUGGGAUUGGCUAGCACACUUGACCUCCUAAGUGCCCUGUGUGCUCCCCUUCCUUCCCUUGCGGUUUGAGCGAUUGGGAAGGGUCCUGCAAUCAUGCUGAACUGAAUAGGAGGUUCUUUCUGUGUCAGAUUACUGUAAUCUUCCCCUUUGCUAGUAGCCUGGGGAGAAAAAGGAGAUAGUCCUUUGCCUUCCUGAAUGCUUGAUCUGCUCCCCCACCCCCCACACUGGUUACUCACACAGGAGUUCUGCUGUCCCCUGUUUGUAGGGCUCUUCCUGGCAUCUGGGCUGCCAGGAAUCCACAAGAGUCUGUAUCACUGUUGACUAAGAUGCCAGUUGUUCUGAGGCUGAGACUGGUUCUUCCUUCAGAUGGCAGCUAUAGCUGGCUCUGCUGUGUAAAGAUGGUUGCCCACAGUUUGUCCCCUUGCAGCUGAGAAUGUUGUGCAGCAGGAUCUGCUUUCUCUUCCUGCGUUGAAUAUGGACACAUCUUCCUUCUCUUCUCCCAUGCUAUUGACUUUGCUCCUCCUAGAUAGCCGCUAGCUAAAGCUCCUCAGUCUGGCCUGAGGUGGAAUGAGGCAUUGUCCUCCAUCGUUCUUGCACUGUGAGAGCAGAUACUUCUGUAGACAUCUGGGAUUCUCAUUAGUCAAAAAACUCAGAGGAAUGUGGGGUGCCUGCUCAGUAGGAGGUGGCUCACCGAAGUGGAGAGUAUUUGGACUGUUGCUGCUUUCUAGAAGAACAGUAUCUGUUACUAAUAAAGAAUUUCUUUAGAGAUUGGAGCCAGCACUCCCUGUAUCUAAAAAAGCAUUUGAUAUGCAACAAGGGUUUGGAGAAGGGCAUUUGAAUGCAAUCAUGAACUGGAGGUUAUGAAACCUGGGUUUGCAGACUAAGGAAAGAGGAGAUUGGCACAUCUAGGUUGAGAAAACAUCAGAAGUUGGAAGACAAAUGCUGAUGGUUGGACUUUCCUGUCCUGGGCUGUGUGAGAUGCAGAGCAAUAGAGGAGGAAGGAGAGUGGCAAGGGUAUGAAUGUUUGCACAGAGGAUUACCCUCUUACAACUGGCAACUUCCUGCACAGGGUGUGCAAGCAUGGGCCAGUGCAGCAGAAUGGCUUACAGAGUGUGUGUGUGGGGGGGGGGGGAGGGGGGCUAUCCUGGGAGAGACUGUGAUGGAUUUUUCAUCCUUUAGUCUGGGGUGAAGCCAAGGAGACAGCAUCCAGGAAUGCAAGUGUUAUAAGUAUAUAACACUGUUAUAUCUGACCAGAAGUUAUUUAGGAUAGGCCACAGGAAAUACUCCAUCACACAAUAUGUAACUUACUGUAUGGAGUUCAUUUCUGCUAGCACUGGUGGUGGCUUAAAGUAUUAGGCAAAUUUAUGGAGGAUACUGUUAUCAAUGGGUUAGAUCUAGCACAAAAUCCUGCUUGCACUAGAGCCAUAUGUCUCAUCCUGUUGCUUGCUUUGACUCACACUGUGCAGUCUGCCUUGAGUCUUGGCAAGAAAGGUGGACUGUAAAUAAAUAAGAAAAAGAUCUCAGUAGCUGCUUGCACCAAGUCAAACUUAUGGUUUGUGUUUCUGCUUCCACAAGGUCUUGUACAACCAAUUUCUGGGCACUAUAAUCUAUAGGGAGGAAAGUGCUAGGUGUUACACAAGAACUUGAACAAGCAGAACUGUGCUAAGUCAGUUUAUGUUUCCUGUUGCACAUCGCUAGAUCCAAGCCAAGGUCUGUUGGCCUUGAUUAGCGAAUAGGACUGCCAUAUUUUAGAAGCACUACCUCUCUGUAUAUUGGGGUACAGUUGGCAGGUAGAUAAUUUCUUCUUGCUUCCUGUUUCUCAGAGUCAUCUGCUUGGCCAUUGCUGGAGGACCAGAGGCCUGACUACACCAACUCUCUUGUACUCUUAAAAUACAAAGCAACUGUAUUGAAAAAAUCCUCACAAAAGAUUCUAACCCUACUUGUUGAAUGAAAGGUAGAGUGUUUAGUGUCUGUAGAACUUGUAGGAUUUUAAAAAUUCAGUUCAUCUAUAGCACCUUUGGUAAGGCUUUGUAUUAUAAACUUGUAAAAGUGAAAUGUGCUUGAGUCUUUCCUUCAUAUCACCUUCUGCCACAAUUCAUCUUACAGUGACUGGUUUGAGCUUUGAGAAGCAUGCAGUUUGGAAGGCAUGUGCUUUUGGAAGAAGGACGGCAGAGGCAAGCUGAGGGCUGCUCAGUUGGAUGUCCUUUCAUGUAUCAGCCACAUUAUCUCUCCUUCUGUGCCUCUCUUUGGUUACUCCCAAAGUUCUGAACUUGAGUAACUAAUGUUUCAACAUACGUUGUGUUAAAGCGAGGAAACCUUUACAUGAAGUUGGUAUGAAUUAUUCUAAUUUAUUUAUUUUAAAGCAUCUGCAUGCUGUCUUUUUAUCCAAAUAGGAUCCCCAAGAUGGCGAGAUUCAAGAUGAAUUAGGUACAAAAUGGUGCUUGUUGCUAGGUUUUUGGUAUCUGGGGAAGGGAUUGUCUCUGGUAGUUAUUAAGUGGCUUACUAAACUUGUUCUAUUCCCCUUAGUUGUUUACUUGCUAUUGAAAGCUUUUCAGGAAACAUGGGGAAAAGUCCAGCUGGAUUUAGGCCAUAGCCUUUCUCCAAAUUAGGAGGCCAAAACAGCUUUUUAGUUCAGAUCAUACUCUUUAUUCAUUGUUUAUCAGUGAGAAGAUUCUCCCAAUUUAAUUAAUGGUGUAUUUUCAUCUGCUUUUCUGAUCAUGAGAUUCCUCAUUUUGUCUGAUACCUUUUGUUUACUUUCCUCUCCCAUUUGUGCAGGCUGCUUACGAGAGUCCCAAAGCUAGGGCUGCUGUUACUCUGCACAAAUGGUCAGUGUAUGAGGAAGAUGGAGAGCUCUUUUGUUGUUGUAAUUGCUGCCACUUCUGUGGGACCAAGCAAACAUUUUUAAAAGUCCAUAUACUAUUAAAAUCCUUCUGAGAGA